AUGUUCGCCGCUCGUCAAGCCUUGCGUCUCAGUCGACCUUCUGUAAGCCCUCAGUCCACGCAAGGACCCCGCCCCGCCCCCCACAUGUAGAAAGUCGCUCUCCAGGAUGCUCGCUUCACGAUCGAUCGGGAGCCUUCGAUUCCGCGUGGCUGCAGCUCGACUGUGCAUACACCUGCCCAAAGAGGACCACGAAAACCUGACCUUUCCACUUUCUUUUCCCCAGACCCGCACCUAUGCGACUCAAGAACCUACUAACGUCCAACGCGGCCAGUCCAAAACCCCUUUCUAUAUCGCCGGUGCCGUCAUCGUCCUCGGACUAGGCUACACGCUCGGAACAAAGGGCACACCCGCCACACCUGCCGUUAAGGGGAUGCAAGAGGCGACGCACCCCAAGACGCCGGGAGCGAGGGAAGCCGCGGGGUUGAACGCCGAUCCGCAUGAUCGACCGAGUACGGCGGGUGGCGACCAGAAGGCCAAGGACGACAACGUCAAGACGACCAAGGCGCUAUAA